GGUAGUUUAUCCCAUCGCUGGGUGAAGGACUUUUAUCAAAAUUUUUCAGAACCUCCCAUCCCAUCGAUGGUAACUUUCUCCCAUCGAUGGGUGUUUGACACUAUUUUUUUAAAGCUUUUUAUCGGAUUUCCAGUAGCCACCUUCCCAUCGAUGGGUAGGUUCUACCAUCGCUGGGAAGGCAGCCUUGUUCUCCCCUUCGCUUUCCAGUGUCACCCUUCCCAUCGCUGGGGACUCUUACCCAUCGAUGAAGACAAACCCUUCCCAUAUCUCGACGGUUCCUUCUUGGAGUUCGGGUCGGAAGAGGAACUCUCUCGCUUCAUCACCUACUUCGCCAAGCGCCCGAUCUCUCCGCCCCGCGUGCUCCCGGAGCUGUACCUUCAACAAAAGGGGUACCACGACCUCGACAAUCAACUCAAAGAGUCGGGUCUGUGGCCGUUCGUCUCCAGAAGCCGUCAAUCCUUCAAUCCUGCCUAUGUUCGGGCUUUCUACUCCAAUCUCCGCCGGGACGGGGACACCAUCCGGAGCAGCAUCAAUCUCUAUGACAUAGAGUUUGACUUGGCUACUUUUGCUAGGGUCGCAGGGCUGCCUACCCGCGGUGACGACAUCGCAUCAUACAGAGGCGACGAUUGGAUCCUCAACAACGAGGCCGUCGUCAUUCGUGAGCUCGGGAUCACCAACUUGAUCCAACUUGAUCCGUCACAGCGGCGCACCGACGAUUCACUCGGCCCCACCAGAGAAGCUCCUCCUCCUCUACAUCAUCACCCGGAUUCUUCGCCCUCAGGACAAUCCGGAAAGGGGAGCAACUCCGGGAAUUCAUCAAUAGGUGGGAGAAGGAGGCUAGGGACGUCCAAGGCCCUGAUUGCCAUGCUCCAAGCGGCACUCACCCAAGGGGAUAUGCGCAAGGAGCUGCGACAAAAUCUGCUCUCGACCUAUCAGGAGAUGUUGACCAGAGAGAAGUACCUGGCGUUGGAAGAAGAUGAUGAUGAGCCACCUGUCCGGAAGGAUAGAAUUGAGAAGGAAGAACUGAUUUUUAUUCACUGAUCUUAAAAAUCCUCUCCACUAACCAUGACUUAUUCCACUAACAGGGAUUGGUGAGUUAGUGGGGCUGUUUUGUGGUGAAUUCACACAAGAAUCUGCAUCACCUGAGUCCAGCGGAAGGAAAAUAUAUGAAUCAUCUUGCUUGGUCUCCCAAUCCCAACAAGAAUCUUCAUGGAAAAUGACGUAUCUGCUAAUAAUAACUUUGCCACUAA